UACCUAGUGAUUCAGGAUCAUCUCACUAACAUGCUGAUUUGACAGUUUCAGUAGGUUUUCCUGGACACCUUGGUUACAUAGAACUGUUGUUUUAACAACAAUUUCAUUACUGUAUUGUACCAGUAUUUUUAACUAUGUAGGACUUGCAACGUAAUGACUUGAAGUCAUUUUAAAUGCUGUUGAAACAACAUUAUUUCAGCCAAAUGUAACCAGUUUCAAAUUGCUCAGCAUCUUUUUGAAUCCUGAAAAAUCAGUUCUCAGCUCUCUCUGAUUAUAUUAAAGUGGCUUUUUCAGGAUAGUUUUAUGUAAGACACAUCAGCCAGUAGCACACUAGACACAAAUUGUCCUUGUUUUUUAUAGUCCCGAUCCAACAUUUCCAAACAAGCAUGACAAUAAAAAUGCUUCCUGAGAGAGACAAGAGAACAGUACCUCUGAGCAUUACAAUAAGACUCGUGAUCUGUUAGUAUAAGCUUAGCUGUUAUUAAAUAUUAACUGCGGUGGAAGCAUGUAUUUAACUAAAGCCCAAAGUUUCUCAUCUCCACUAAAGACUCAAGAUUAUUAACAGACCCUUUGCAGCCAAAAAAUAAAUAAUUAUAGCCAGUAAAGCCAUGCUGCAGGAGGAGGUGAAUUUAAACUGUGCAGGAGAACAGAGGAUGCACCUCAACCGCAGCUGGCGUCGGACUGCUGGUAAUGUGUCAGUGUGUCUUCCUGGAGAGACAGUAGUGAGUAUCAGAUCUCUUCCUAUGAGACUGACCUCUGAACUCGGCACGGACUGGAGCUUCCUGCCAGCUACAGGAGGGAUAAGACAAUGAUUUGCGAUGUUUCCAUGUUUUCCUGUACUGUAGACCUGUUUGAUUUUCUGUACUUAUAACAUUGUUAAUGAUCCAGAGACAGAAGGAGUUAGUUCAGUCUGCUGAAUCCUAAUCUCUAUAAACCGAUAUCUGCAUAUGAAUGCAGAAUCGAGAGGAUAUGGGACAAGAUUUUGAUGUUUUGUUUGUCACCGUAUACAUAUGUAUAUAUAUAUAUAUAUCCUACAACGUCUAGGCCAAUGUGAUAUUUACUCCACAGUAAAGAGGUUGUUUCACAAGAAAUUAAGAUUUUGCAAAUUAUGACAAGUCAGUAAGCAGACUAUUUGCUGUGUGCAUGAUUCUUGCUGUGUUGUUUUGGGUAUUUCAUAUGUAAAGCUGCACAAUGAGCGGCUGGGCCGGUUUUUCUGACGAGAAGUUACGGAAGAUGCAGCAGAAAGACUCAACAUUCCCCGCAGCGGCAACCCGCGGGCGGAAAUCUGGUCCAGCCAACCGGAGUCGGCAGCAGUUGCAGCGGGAGAAGGCCCUUCAGCUGGCCGCUCAGAAAAACGCAGGAGCCGGGUCUCCUUGCCUCCCACCGGAGCAACAACUCACCAAACCGCCGCCGCCGAAGGAAGAGCCUCAGCCUCGGCCUCAGCCCACAGCUCCAACAGCAGCUCCGGCUGUCAAACAGGAGGUGCAGCAGAAACCUAGCGAGAUGAAGCCGCCUCCAGAGCAGGAGACCCCGGCCGUCAAAGAGCUGGAGAAACAAGAGGUGGCACUACGGGAAAAGACGCGUCUGGAGCAACUACAGCAAGAGCAAAAGAUAAUGGAAGAGAGGAAUAAGCGCAAGAAGGCUCUGCUGACGAAAACUAUUGCUGAGAAGUCCAAACAGACUCAGGCAGAAGCUGUGAAGCUGAAGAGGAUUCAGAAGGAGCUCCAGGCUCUAGAUGACAUGGUGUCCAAUGAUAUCGGCAUCCUGAGAGGCAAGAUUGAGCAAGCCAGCUGGGACUACUCCGCUGCCAGAAAGCGUUAUGAUAAGGCGGAGGCGGAGUAUGUGAUGGCCAAGCUGGACCUGCACAAGAAGACAGAGGUGAAGGAGCAGCUGACGGAGCACCUCUGCACCAUCAUCCAGCAGAACGAGCUGCGUAAAGCCCACAAGCUGGAGGAGCUGAUGCAGCAGCUGCAGCUUCAAGCCACCGAGGAAGAGCUGGAGAGGCAGAAGCAGCAUGAGGAGGAGCAGGAGAAGAGGAAGACAGAAAGCUGUGUGGAGAGGCAGAGAGACGGGAAACAGGGAAACGGCUCAGUGGAGAAUCAAGAGGGGACAGUGCAAUCAACCAAAGACUGUGGAGCCACAGAGGGAGAGGCUGUGGAGGAGAAGGGAGGUGGCGUUCAGCAAGAGCACCACCCGAUGACCGAAGCACCAAAGACUGAACAAGACUGUAAAACAUUAGAAAACUGUGUCCAGAGUGAAAUUAUGGCUUCCUGAUGCUCAGAAAAUAAAGAUGUCAGCUGUGAAAUAUCAGGACAUUGUCACACGUCGCAGUGUAGAUUAAUAUAAAACACUAAUGCUUAACUCAUAUCACAGCGGUGCCUGGACAGCGUGACGUGUGUGGUUGUGCUGCUGCCGUGGUCCCGCCAGAUGCCUCCUGCUGCUGCUGCCAUCAUUAGUCAUUAGUCAUACUUCUUCUGUUAUUAUACACAUAUGACUAUUGUCACACAUGUAUACUGCCAGAUAUUAAUACAUACUUUCAACAUAUUGUACCGCAGUAACCAGAACUAUAACUAUAAUAUUAUUACUUUCAUUAAUGUUGUUGUAAGAUACUGUCAUUACCUGCAUCUCUCUCUCUCUCUCUCUCUCUCUCUCUCUCUCUCUGUGUCAUAUGGAUUACUGUUAAUUUAUCAUGUUGAUCUGUUCUGUACGACAUCUAUUGCACGUCUGUCCGUCCUGGAAGAGGGAUCCCUCCUCAGUUGCUCUUCCUGAGGUUUCUACCGUUUUUUUUCCCCGUUAAAGGGGUUUUUUGGGGAGUUUUUCCUUAUCCGCUGUGAGGGUCUUAAGGACAGAGGGAUGUCGUAUGCUGUAAAGCCCUGUGAGGCAAAUUGUGAUUUGUGAUAUUGGGCUUUAUAAAUAAAAUU